AUGUCCACAGGUUAUGUUGCUCAAAAAUUAAAAGGUGAAGAUUAUCAGUAUGUUCACAAAAGUGAUAUUCCAACAUAUCAUUUCCAGAGAAGUCUUCGAAGACUGCCGAUUCCGAAGUUGGCAGAUUCGUGUCGCAGGCUCAUAGGAGCUGCAGAAGCCGUACUUCAAAAAGGAGAAUUAGAGUUGUUGAAAGAACUCGUGGAAGAUUUUAUGGCAAACGAAGGUCCAAAACUGCAAAAAGAGCUCGUAUUACAUGAUAAACGGAAUCUUCAUACAAGCUUCAUAUCAGAACUGUGGUUUGAUAUGUACCUGAGCGAUCGUCUUCCUUGCCCUAUCAAUUAUAAUCCAUUCAUGGUUUAUGCUCCUGAUCCAGACCCAACUUAUAAUGAUCAGGUUACUCGCGCAACAAAUCUAAUCAUUUCAUACGGUCGUAUUAAACGUGCAUUAGAUGCAGAGUGUUUAGCCCCAGAAAUAUACUGCAUGAAUCCUAAAGUUGCGAGUUCAACGCCGUUUAAGUGGAUUUGCAAGAACUUGUCGGAAAAUUUACGGUGGUACGGUGCAGCGGCUUUUGGUGCAUUUCCAUUGGAUAUGAGCCAGUACAAAUCACUUUUUGGCGGUUCACGUAUUCCACAAAAAGGAAAAGACUGGCUUUUGCAUUGUGCUGAUUCUAAACAUUUCAUUGUUUUGCACGGGGGAAGAAUUUAUGCUGUUGAUUUGUUUGACAGACAUGGCUUGUCUAUCCAUCAUAUUAUCCGAACAGAGCCACCUAAAAUCGGAAGAUUGUGUGGGGUCUUUGACUGCACUCGAGCGCGAUCAGUGGGCAAAAGUCAAGCUCGUUCUGAGCUGUCUUCAGUUGGCAGUAAUUCGGCAAGUUUGGCACUAAUCGAUAAUAGUUUGUUUGUCCUUUGCCUGGAUUCACUGAACAGUGAUGAUUUAAAUCAAUUGGCCGAGAACUUACUAAGUAUGGCUGCGAUAAAUUUCGAACAUAGCUGGGGUGAUGGUGUUGCUAUACUUCGUCUAAUGGAAGAAUCAUUCCGUGAUACGAAACAAAAUCAUUUCGUUCAUCCCAAUCAGACUUUCAGUGUCGAGACAUAUUUAGGAAAUAAUUUACGACCAGUUGAAUUCAUGUUGACUGACUCAAUACGUCAAAGGAUUCAAGAAGCUCAGGCGAAACACAUUGCGAUAGGGUCCAAACUGUGUUUUAGCACUGCAGAAUAUUUUGAAAUGAAUCGGCAAAUUAUCAAACAGUCAAAGCUAUCACCGGACUCUAUCAUGCAAUUAGCAAUUCAACUAACUUUUUAUAAACUGUUUAAGGAAUUCGUUCCAUCUUACGAAUCCUGCAGCACUGCGGCUUUUCUAAAAGGACGAACAGAAUGCGUGCGUUCAGCAACAUGUGCUACAACUAAUGCAGUCUUGGCAAUUGAAAAUAACAUAAGCAAUAUUGGUGAAUAUCUGAAGAAAUGUUCCACAGUGCAUUCACAAUUAGUGAAAGAAGCUGCAACAGGUCAAGGUUUUGAUCGUCACUUAAUGGGUUUGCGUUGUACUGCUGAGCGGCUUGGUUGGUCACAGCCAAAGUUGUUCAAUAGUGCAGUGUAUAAAUAUAUGAAUCGCUUCAUCCUGUCAACAUCUACUCUUUCAACAGAAACUAUAACAUUUGGUGGAUUUGGCCCAGUUGUUCCUGAUGGUUUUGGUAUUGGUUACAAUGUAUUAAAUAACAAAAUGGGAGCUCUUAUUUCAUCCUAUAAGAAUCAGCGCAGUGCGGAUGCAUUCGCAAGCUCACUUCUGGAAAGUCUUGAUGUUUUGAAAAAUAUAAUCGUUAAAAGUGAGCAGUGGGAAGAUAUGAUUCAAGUUUUUGUUUCAGAUGAUGAUGAUGAUCAAGGUCCAAGAACAAGUAUAUCACGUCUGAACGAUGAAAUGCAGAAAUGUCAGCAGAUUGGUAUUGGAAGUAUCAGUAAGUACGGUUUUCGUCUGUAUGAUGGUCAGUUCCUUUAUGGUCCAGUUGCAAUUUUUCCGAAAGCUGUGCUGUCAUGGCGUAUUCUUACACCAGAUGAUAUCACUCCCGAGUCGGUGCAGUUCUUUACGAUGCUUGAGCCAAAAUUGGAUGUACUGAUAGUUGGACCAGGAGAACGUCAAUAUGUCGACCCCGAAGAAGCGGCAAUGUUAUUCAAUAUGUUAAAUGUUGAAUACCGCUGUGUGGCUGCAGCACUUUAUCCGCCGGAUGAUAUGCUGAUAACGACAAAUGACCAAGUACGCCUAAUGAACAUGUACGGCAAACCAUUAGAUGAUGGUAUGGAUCUAAUUAGUGAUACCGAUGAUAAGCUGAAAUUAGCAAAGAAAGCGAUACGGAAGUAUUUGCCGAAAAAUGAAGCAAAGCAAAUGGAUAAUUUGCGAACUUCGAGAUUUUUGAUACCCGGAGAAAGCGAUGAUAAGAACAGUGAAAAAGCCAAAAAUAAAUAA